UACUUGUUCUGCUAGCUAGAAUGUUCAUCUCACAUCCUUAGCUAAUAUAUCUACAAUGGCUUUCAAAGCUAUGCUUCUGCUUGCUACUAUUCUCUUAGUUACUGCAAGGGUUUCCUCAGAUGAUCAUCCAGAGAAAAACGCAAAGUUUUGGGGGCUAUUUCCUUGGGAGGAUUGGGAUGAACCACCAUUGAAUAUCCCAAUCCCAAUACCGACACAAUCUCCACCACCGCCACCACCUCCAGCCAAACCAGCGGCUCCGGUGAAGGCACCGGCUCCAGUUCCACCUCCAGCGAAAGCACCUGCACCAGCUCCUGUGUACCCACCACCUUCGGCUCCGUCUCGGAAAAAGGACGGCGAUGACUCCUUUUUCCCAGGAGGAGGCGUUAUCCCACCGUUCGUUCCCGUUCCACCGGUCUUCCCAAUUGUACCGCCUGUUCCAAUAUCGGGCGGCGGAACCCGGAGCCCGUGCACAACUGGUCCCCCUCCCAGCACCAAACCGUCACCCUCACCCGACACCAAAACUCCAAACAACUCCCGUCAAUGCACGUGCGCUCCUCCAGUUCCAGUAGUGAAGAACCCUAACCCUAAUCCUCAGAUCAAGGCCCCGCCUGCUCCACCCUCUCCCAUCACGUCCCCAUCCACUCCACCAUCACCACUUCCCAAAAGGGCAACGGCGCCGCCUUUACCUCCGAAGAAUAAGGGACCGCCUCCACCACUACCGUCGGACGAGGAGGAGGGAGCACCGGAGGAGGCACCAGCUCCCUCGCCAAAACCUCUGGGGAAAGCACCACCUCCAAUACCUCUAGCGAAAGCACCGCUGCCGCCUCCACCUCCGAAGAUUAAGGCGGCACCAGCUUCCUCCUCAAAACCUUGUCCGAAAGCACCGCCUCCGAAACCUCUGGUGGACGCACCUGCUCCGAAACCUAAUCGGGUGCCCAAAGCACCCCCUCCGAGGCCUAAUCGGGUGCCCAAAGUACCAGCUGCACAACCUCCACAAAAAGGACCUAGGAGACCUAAUGGGGAACGGAGAGCACCUGCUCCAAAAAUGGAUCGGUUGCGAAAAGCACCCGCCCCAGAACCGCUCCUGAAUGAACCGGCUCCGAUAUUGUUACGCUGACAUGUUCUUGAAAUUUUGGAAUCAAGUUUUUUCCUAUUUUUCCCUCUCUUGAGUUCAUGUCACGUACGCUGUACAAGUAUGAGAGAGGCAAAAAAGAAAAUAACAAAAAUAAAAGGCUUUUCUCUCGUUGUUAAUUUUGUAAUCCAUCGUAUCCUCCUAUCUAUGCAUAUCAUAAAAUAAAAUGGGCAAUUCAAUAGACCCCUUUGAGUAUCCAA